UCUCCAAACAAACACAUCACAAACAACAAACAUCAUUACCCAAAACCCCAACGGCCAUUUUUUUCUUUCCAUUCUUCUUCUUCUUCUUCAUCUUUCUGUCACUCAAAUUCUUUCAUUGAACUUCAUCUCCAACCAAACACGAUGCAACAAACCAACACUGUUAAUGUUUCCGACAACCCUACUCCUCCUCCACCACCACCACCGCCACCAACAAACAACCGCCGACCUAGAACCCGUGAAGUCAGCUCUCGAUUCAUGACCCCCUCCGCCUCCACCACUCACCGACGCCAACAACGUGACGAUUCCGACGACGAAAAUUCUGAAUCUUCAUUCCCCAUCGGUUAUUCUUUUCAGAAAAAACAAUUACAACAAAGAGCUAUUAAACUUUUCAAAGAAUCCACAAAUAAUAGGGUUUUCGAAAAUACACCAAACCCUAACCCUAAUUUUCAUUCUCAUUCUCAUCACCCUCCUAAAUCAACAACUUCGAGAAUUGAAAGAAUCAAUUCUACUUCCACUCCUUGUGCUUCUAGACCUGAUACUCCAACAAUUUCUGUUUCGUCCAGAUACAGACACACACCAAAUCAUCACCAACAACAUCAUAGGUCUAUUAGCAAUUCACGUUCUUCAGCUGCUACAAAAUUGGUUCAGUCUAGUGUCAAUUCAUUAUCUAGAGGAAAUUCAAUUUCUUUGAAUUCGCAUUCACAUGAUGAUAUUGGUAUUAGUUGUAGCACACAAUCACUUCCUGAACUGCGUUCCGAGAGUGAUAGUGAUAGGGAGGUUUUAAUACAGCAGCAAUCUAAUGUGAACAAUGGAUCCGUGGCUGAAAAGAUUGGUAAUAACAAUUUGUCACGUUCGGUUAGUUUGAGUUCUUCUGGGAUUGAUCAUUUGUUGGUAAGAGGGUCAGAGAGGCAACAUGCUUCUGUUACAAAGCCGCCGGUGGCUCCGCAAUUUGCGAAACCUGUGGUGGAUACGAGGAAAGGGAAGAAAGGGUCUAGUCAUCAGGAAGAUGUGCAUUCACUUAGAAUGUUUUAUAAUCGGUAUCUGCAAUGGAGAUUUGCCAAUGCAAGAGCGGUCAAUGCGAUGAAAGUUCAGCAAAAAGAAUGCGAGAAAGCACUAUUUUCUCGUGCAAUGAAAAUAUCAGAAAUGCGUGAUUCUGUGCACAGGAAACGCUUAGAACUCGAGCUUCUGCGGAGAUCGAAGACCCUAUCAAUAGUUCUUGAAGCUCAAAUUCCAUAUCUGGAUGAGUGGUCUGCUAUGGAAGAAGAUUAUUCUGUUUCUAUCAAUGAAGCAAUUCAGGCUCUGUUGAAUGCCUCUGUACGACUUCCAACUGGUGGGAAUAUUAGGGUUGAUGUAAGAGAGGUGGGGGAAUCUCUGAAUUCAGCGCUAAAGGUGAUGGAGACAAUUAUUUCCAAUACCCAAAGAUUAAUGCCAAAGGCAGAAGAAACAGAUACUUCUAUUUCAGAAUUAGCUAGAGUUGUUGGAGGAGAAAGAGCUCUUAUUGAAGAGUGCGGAGGUUUUUUGUCAAAGACGCAUAAGUCACAGGUGGAGGAGUGUAGCUUAAGGGCCCAACUAAUCCAACUACAUUCAAUUUGCCAUAAAAAUAAGAAUAAUGAAAUAACAAGCAACUGAUAGUUCAAUUGCAACUGUGGAGAUACCACACAUUUGAUUAUGUUGAUAGGUUGUUGAACAUCAACAGUACAAGACCUGCAGAUUCAUUUUUCUUUCA